AGAGGCGAGCAGUUCAGACAUCAGCAAAACCUCCUUCGCUCGCCCUCGCACAUCCCCACAUCCCUGCAGACCAAGCCGACGCUCCCGCUUGCGCAGAUCUUCGGCACAGGCAGCGGCAGUAGCGAUGCGGGCAUGCGUCCGCAGGUGACGCUUGUCGAGGGCGUGCCAACAUAUGCGUACCCGAACGGGGCUGUCCCCGGGCCACGCCCGCCGCGGAGCUGGAUGCUGCUGUUCGACGAAGGCGAGAGGCGUGAGCCCAAAUGGAGGGCAAUCGCACUUCGCUUGCUGUUUGAGGACCUGCGUGUUCCGCCCUGGGUGUGUGAUGUCAGGGAGGAGGGCGAAGGCGGGUACAUGGUGCCUCCGCUUGCACUCGAGUGUGCGCGGAUGUUACUUGAGGCAUAUGGAGACACAGAGGACUGGGCGGAGGUCGCAAGGUACAUCCCGGCGCAUGUCAGGCGGGACCUCGUGCGAUGGUAUGCGGUGCGUAAGCCGCUGGGAAAUGCGACUCUGUAUACACUUUAUGGGGAAGAGGCGCAUGCGGAAGGGGAGCUGUUAGUCGUUGGACCAGAGGCGACACUCAGGAGAGUGGCUUUGGUGAAGGGCAAGCAGACGAACCGACGGAUGCAACCUGCCCAAUCAACCGAGCGCGAAGAGGCCACUUGGGAUGAGUUUGACUCUUGGGACGAACCCGGCGACACGACGACCCCGCUUACCACAUUCGCACUUGUCAUGACCCCUCUGCCAAACGAGCUCUUGACCUAUCUUCCCCCUACCCUUACACAUCUCGCACUUCUUGCUUUGCCACAGCCUGUACGUGUCUAUCGCUUACCCGAAAUUUCUCCCUUGCUGGAAACACUUGACUUAUCCUACAACGACUGGCUGAGUAAUAACGGUAGUACGGCCGAAGGGUCGUUGGAGAGGGUACCCUGGCGGCGAUGGCAGCGGUUGCGGGUCUUGGGUUUGCGGGUCUGCGGCAUCGGGGCAGACAUUGCCACAAAGGUGAACGUGGAAAGAUGGACGGAUGUCGAGAUCGUAGGUUUAGACGAGCCUAUAUCUAGAAGCACCUCCAACAGAGAGUCAUGA